GGUCGGGCAUGGCGGGGGCGGGGGCGGCCCGGGCCCGGCGCUGCGGCUGCCGCUGCCUGCUGCUGUGGCUGGCGGGGGGCCUGGCCCUGGGGGGCCCGGCUGGGGGGGGCCCGGGCCCCACGCGUUUCAUCUGCACCUCGGUGCCGGCGGACACGGACGUGUGCGGGGGGUCGGCGGGCCCCGGGGGCGCCGAGGGGCUCCGCGCCAGCGUCCUGCAGCUGCGGGAGACGGUGGUCCAGCAGAAGGAGACCAUCGCGGGCCAGCGGGACGCCAUCCGCGAGCUGACGGCCAAGCUGGCCCGCUGCGAGAGCCGGAGCCCGCCGGGGGCCGGGGCCCCCCCGGGCCCCCCGGGCCCCCCGGGCCCCCCGGCCCGCCCCGCCAACGCCGCCGACGCCCUGGCCCGGCUCGCCCACACCCUGCAGUCGCUCAAGACCCGGCUGGAGAGCCUCGAGUCGAGUCGCCUGAACUCGUCGGGGCAGACCGACCGGCUGAAGGACGCCCUGCAGAGCAAGAUCGAGGAGCUGGAGCGGCAGGUCCUGGCCCGGGUGGGCGGCCUGGAGGAGGAGGGCCGGCCGGGCCCCGCGAACCACACCGAGGAGCGCCUCAAGAUCGAGAGCGCCCUCACCUCCCUGCACCAGCGCAUCAGCGACCUGGAGAAAGGUCAGAGGGACAACCGCCCGGGGGACAAGUUCCAGCUGACGUUCCCCCUGCGGACCAACUACAUGUACGCCAAGGUGAAGAAGAGCCUGCCGGAGAUGUACGCCUUCACCGUGUGCAUGUGGCUCAAGUCCAACGCCUCGCCGGGCGUCGGGACCCCCUUCUCCUACGCCGUGCCCGGACAGGCCAACGAGCUCGUCCUCAUCGAGUGGGGCAACAACCCGAUGGAGAUCCUCAUCAACGACAAGGUGGCCAAGCUGCCCUUCGUGAUCAACGACGGCAAGUGGCAUCACAUCUGCAUCACCUGGACCACUCGGGACGGCGUGUGGGAGGCCUACCAGGACGGCACCCAGGGGGGCAACGGGGAGAACCUGGCCCCCUACCACCCCAUCAAGCCCCAGGGCGUGCUGGUGCUGGGCCAGGAGCAGGACACGCUGGGCGGGGGAUUCGACGCCACGCAGGCCUUCGUGGGCGAGCUGGCCCACUUCAACGUCUGGGACCGGAAGCUGACCCCGGGGGAGAUCUACAACCUGGCCACGUGCAGCACCAAGGCCCCGGCCGGCAACGUCAUCGCCUGGGCCGAGACCAACAUCGACAUCUACGGGGGCGCGACCAAGUGGACGUUCGAGGCCUGCCGCCAGAUCAACUAACUGGUCCUCCCCGCCGCCUCCCGCCGCGCCCCGCUCUGAGCCCUCCUCGCCCUCCUCGCCCGUCGCUCUCUUCUUCUUCUCGCCCUUCCCCAGGAAUGAAUUCGGGCCAGCGUCCUCCUCCCCGUCCGUGUCCCCCCUCCCCGCCCCCCGCGCGCCCCCGCCCCCGCCGCCCCCGCGGCCGAUCGCGCUCGUCUCGUCCGUCCCCGAAGGAAACCGCGCAUCUCUCCAGGAGCCUCGGACUUAAUCUCUCAGGCGAACCCCGGGCUACGGCCGACGCGGGCCCCACCUGCCUUUCGACCCGCGCGGAAGUAGGUGGGGAGACUUGGCCGGGGAUGGGGGGUGGGCGGGGGUGGGGGGAGGGUCGGAGCCGGGGAGGGGUCUUUUGGAAUGAGACUUGGUUUCUCUGCGUUUCGUUUCUUUGGCUCUGGCGGGGCGGGGCGGGGGGGCGGAAAUCUCACAACCGGUCGAAUUUUCUGUAUUUGCCCACUUGGUUUGAAGCCUGAGUGCCUUUGGGCUGGUGCAACGUCUUGAGCAACACACCAUUUGUCUUCAUUUGCGACCUUUUUAAGAAGGACAGAGCUCUAUAUUGAUACAAUAAAUGUCUUUUAUGCAGUUCGUUACAGGCCGGGGCGCCUCGC